CUUUCGUUUAGACUUAAAUCGGUUGUAAACGUCGCAUAUAAAUGUACCACUAAAUAUUUUUGCACCUACUUCGUAUUUUGCUUUGAAAUUUUUUAAAUACAAUUCUGCCAUAAAAAUUUAAAUUUUCAGUUCAAACCGAAACACAGCCACGCAAACAACUGCUUUAUGGUUGAAACACGAAUGGGACAGAGGUACCCAAGCAAUCGACUUUUGUACAAAGUCUCCCUCUGGUGACAUUUAUUAAGUGAUAUUUUCAAACGACUUCAAAAACAACGAUGUUCUCAAAUCAGUUGUAUUCUUUUACGUCUGUAACCUCAGGAUACCGUUGUUUGUAAACCACUUUCGACUUGAUCUGAAAAGACAUACUUUUAAACUAAUUCCGUAGAAAUUUAAUCAAAAUUGAUUCAAUAGUUUAGUUUUAAAACCAAAAUAACUGGGUUUUCCACGAUCAAAAUGGGUAUUUUUUUUCGUAGAAAAAAUCUUUUUUUUUUUAUACAACUUAGAAUGGCGAACAAGCUAACAGCCCACCUGAUGGAAAGUGGUAACCGUCACCUAUAGACAUGAGCAGUACCAUGGACUUUGUUGCUAUUUUUUUUGCCCAAUUCUUAAGGAAAAUUAUUUAGAUUCCCUAAUAAAAUACACGUCAUUUUCAGUUUUUUUUAAUAGUUGGCAGUGGAGUGGUUACCCUCCCUGCGCUAACGGUAAACGCUGAGAGGACACCAGAGACAGAUGAUAGUUAGACAAAAACAACUUUACAAUCGGAUAUGCAAAUGUAUUCAUUGUACUCACAAUAUUCACUCGGGGAGACACGUCCCCGACCACGACCAAGACCAAAGAACAGAUGGCCGGUGUCCGUCGCGAGGAGUUGUGUACGCUGCGGUAAGGAAUUCUGCCUCUUCACUACCAUACAUGGGUUCAAUCACAUCGCCGUGCCAGGAAGACAUUGGACCGAACGAGUGCUGUGGGUGUGCUUAACUGUGGGUGCGAUAUGGGGCGCGAUAGGAGUCUCAUUGGGACAAUGGCAACGGUACAACGAGAAUCCGACCGUUGUGACCCUGGAAAAGGAUUUCAGGACUUGGAUGUUCAAUAUGCCCGCCAUCACCGUAUGUAGCAAGGACCGAGUAGACCCGAAGAAAUUAGAGAAGACUAUCACGAAAUACUGGGGCGUCAACCAAUUGGAUGCCAAGUACGAAUAUUACAGCCAGUUUGUCAGCACCGUGGCCAACUCGGACCUGUUCCACCUGCAAGAGUACGAGACGUAUAAGGAUGACGAGAGCCUCAACGUAGACCUUUAUCAGCUGACUGUUGAUGUGAUGCCAGAGUUUCUGGUGAAGCCAAGUUGGGUUCACGGGCUGGACAUCAAGUGGACACCCACUAUGACCGAAUUAGGCGCAUGCUACGUCACCAACUCGGUUGCAAUCGCCGACACAGCUAUUGUGAAACCAGAUGUCAACGAUACAAAACUGUUCCCGCUAACAUGCAAAUACUCAUCUCUCAGAUGCUACGUGCUGCUCGAGAUUGUCAAUGAUACGCUGAUGUUCACACACUCCCCGUACGACGUACUGGACUCGUCAGUGCCACCGUCGCUGACGGUGCGGUCACUAGACCGGAACAUAGAGUUGAGUGUUGCGGAGACGAGGUGCGGGAAGGGGGUGCGGGAGCUGUCGCCGCUGAGACGAGGCUGCUUGUACACGGACGAACCAGUACAGGCUGGCAGGAAGGUAUACAGUACAAACUCGUGUCGUCUCUCGUGCAGGAGCAAGUUGGCAUUAAAGCUUUGUAAAUGCCGCCCUUUUUACUAUUUUUAUGAAGAAGGUCCAGCUUGCACCCCGUCUGGUAUGUGGUGUUUGGCGACAGUGUCCCAUCGUCUGGUCAACAACGAUGGUAUAAAAUGCUCAUGCACUGCACCAUGCCUUGAUGCUGUAUAUAAGGAUAUCUCGACAAGUGAACAGUUUUGGACCAGCGGGCAGUUUGUGGACCGUGGCUCCGUGAAGUACACGGUGCAGCCACCGCGCUCGCGGUACACCAGGGAGAUUGUGUUCCACUUUCAGGAUUUAAUUGUAUCAUUCGGCGGUGCAGCUGGCUUAUUCCUCGGCGCCAGCUUCAUCAGCUUCGUGGAGAUCCUGUACUUCGUAUUCGAGAAGGUCAUCGUGCUAAUCACCAAGCGGAAUUUGGUGAAAGAACAGAAAGUCCAAGAGAAGAGAGCAGUUGUACAAAGUUGUGAAAAGAAACGCAUUCUUGAGCUCAACAAGAUACUCGAACAAGGAAAACGUUACGAACCGUUUAAAAUGUACUAAAUUGUAUAAAUUGCAAGAGAGGCGUUUAUCAACUGUUACCUUUAUAUAGAUAGAUAGAUAGAUACUCCUUAUUGUUUCCUCCAAAAGAUUACAAUAGUAAACUUAUUAUAAAUAUAAAUAAUUACAAGAAAUGAUCAUAGUGAGAAAACAAUGGGCGGCCUUAUCGCUAAGAGCGAUCUCUUGCAGGCAACCUUUGGAUGGAGAGGAGUAGUUAUAAACAGUGUUAUAUUUUUUAUUUAUUUACCAGAAACUAAAUCUUGCCAAUACAAUUGAUAACAAUAUUCAACACGGCUAUAUUUCGCCAAACGGAUUUUAGUGCAACGUGGCAGAGAAGCCGUGUGGUCCCGGCAUAGAAUAAGCCACCCGUUCCUUUCCCGUUGUGUCGUGUCGACUACAGAAACUAAAUGGUCGACAGAUGGGCAGCAGUGUACCUCUUUUAACAUUCCAAACUAAAGCUAAGCCUAACUGCGGUUGCCAAUCCGCUUGCUAACGUUCCACGUGGUCCCCCCUGGAAACCAUCGUGUUAAAUUUCAAAAGAAUUUAUCACGAUGGGCUUACUGCGUUACCUGCGUUUCAUCCUCACCUAUCAUCCCUCACUAGUGCCCCUUCGGUGUAUACUGAUAGCUCAAGCGGGGUUACCAUACCAUUAUCACCUAUUAAAAAAAAUCCUCAUGACCUUCGAUCCUAUAAAGGUAGUAUCUAAGCCGAGAUGCUCUCAAAAACAUGGUUAAAAAUAGGAACAGUUUUCUGAUAAAUAAAAACGUGAUCAAGUCAGUAUAAAGGGUUCAAAAAUAAUACAUUUCAUUUUUCUUGGGGAAUGUUGCUUAUUUUAAUAAAUAUAUACUGUCACUAAAAUACAUUCUCAAAUAGCAAUAUGACAUGACGUCAACAGCUAGUCAUUUUUGAGUUGCGACCUUAAAAUGACCAAACUAUGACGUCCCAUUAUCGUCACAGACGUCACCAUAGGUCGCGACCUAAAAUGACCAAACUAUGACGUCCCAUUAUCGUCACAGACGUCACCAUAGGUCGCGACCUAAAAUGACCGAACUAUGACGUCCCAUUAUCGUCACAGACGUCAUCAUAAGUUUUCUGUUAAAGAAAAUUACACUUUAAUCUCAAAUCUCAAAUAAAUCAAAAAUUGUAAUAAUAAUUAAAACACAUUAUUGAACGAAAA